AUGCACUUAUCAAGGAAAAGUACUGUUUUAGUUUUGCUACAGCUACUGAAUCCAGAACCAGGAAUAAUCAGGGUAUUCCAGUACUUGGUUGGCUUCAAAAAUCUUUUACGUAGUAUUGAGUGCAAAGGGAUCGCUUCAGUUCUUGGUAUUAACUACUUUGCCAGAGGUUACCUUCAGCCGCGCGCUCAUGAGAGGUACAUAUCCCACAUGGUUUUGGGUCGAGAUCUUUUAGACAACACGCUAAACCUGGUGCCAUCCCUGAUACCGUUACACAAGGACAUCAAAGAAGACAGCUAUGAAUAUAAGGAUUUAGAGAAAAAGAAUCAACAAAUAGUGGACAACAAGCAUCAGGAUGGAAGCGUUUCGGAUGCCAUCGAGUACUUUGAUCAGACAGCGACUUUCUUGGACAAGUUGAGAGCUGUUCAAAGACAGCUAAGAGAAUAUAUACGGGAUGGCGUAACUGAAAGUCUUGAUGAGGCGCAAAAAUCAGAAUUUGUGUGCGCCGGCAUACUGAUAUUAGUAUGUGUGGUGUCUCCGAUUAUCAUAGCACUUGUCAGGAAUGCGGUUAACACAAUACAGGUGUACGCUAGGAAUUUAGCUGAAAAGGCGAGAGAACUCGAGUAUGAGAAGGAGUUAAGUGACUCCCUAUUAUAUCAAAUGCUGCCACCGAGCGUUGCUAAGCAAUUGAAACAAACACAACAGGUACCUGCAGAGUUUUUCUCGUCUGUCACUGUUUAUUUCAGUGAUAUUGUAGGCUUUACAGCCAUUGCAGCAGUGUCUACACCUUAUCAGGUCAUCAGUUUCCUGAACUCGGUGUACAAGUUAUUCGACGAAAAGAUUGAGUGCUAUGAUGUUUAUAAAAUUGAAACGAUCGGGGACUCGUACAUGGUUGCAUCUGGAUUGCCGGUUAGAAACGGUAAUAAGCACGCCACAGAAAUAGCGAAUAUGGCUUUGGAGUUGCUAGAAGCGACAUCUUCAUGCAGACUCCCGCAUCGACCAGAUCAGACCUUGUGUAUGAGGAGUGGCAUACACAUGGGGCCCUGCGUUGCUGGCAUAGUGGGGAGCAAAAUGCCUCGAUACUGUUUAUUUGGGGACACCAUCAAUACAGCUAGUAGGAUGGAGAGCACUGGUGAACCAAUGAAAAUACAAAUUUCUGAGGACGUUAAGUUGGCUUUAGACAAAACGGGCUUGUUUAUUACAUCACCCAGGGGUGUAGUUGAUGUCAAGGGUAAAGGUGAGAUGACAACACAUUGGCUGGAGGGUAGGACUGGACCGUCACCGCAGCGCCCUACCUCUUCCUCCCUGGACUGCACACCGAGUUUCCUAACGAGGAUUCAUUCUCAGCGAUCGUCACCUAGAUAUCAAACUACGUUAAAACGAAAAUAA